UUCAAUGUGCGGACUUGCGGUCACCGGGUCGAACCUGCCAUGGGACAUCUUAAGCUAGCCUGGCGUUGCUCAGGACAGAAUGUUUUGUUACCGCAACAAAAAUGACAUUUAAAUAUUUUUUGUUAUUAGAAAAUAUCGAUGUAUUGAUAUAUUGUUUACAUCCCUAAUCGGUGCUAUCUUGACACAUUUUAAAACCAUAUUUCGUAAGAGUAGUUUAUGGACUAAUCCUCUUGAUGUUCAGUAGCAAUAUAAACCACUAUAAUUUCUUAGCACAAUUUAAAGAUGGUCAAUUUGGAUCCGUUUACAAAGCAAAUUUCAGAAAUUCAAAUAGAAAUGUUGUUAUUGAAAAAAUAUUACUGGAUCAGAAAAUGGAAAAGUUUGAUUUUAUAUGUAAACAAGUAUUAAACAUUCGUCAGUUUAAACAUCGAAAUAUAAAUACUAUCAUCCACUGCUUUAUACAUAAGGAGUAUGCCUAUUUGAUUUUCCCAUACAUGUGCUUUGGAAACUGUCAAAUACUUCUUCAAAACGUUUUUACUACUGGAUUUCCCGAAACCUUGAUAGCACUUAUUGUUAAAGACAUAUUGUCAGCGCUAAUAUAUAUUCAUUCUCACAAUUUUGUACAUGGAGCAAUAAGGGCUAAAAUAAUUUUAUUAAAUUCUUUGAAAGCUUCGAUAUCCAACUUUGGUGAUUAUCAAACCUUUAUUAACCAUGGAAGAAAAUCACGAUUUCUAUAUGGAUCCACCAAAGGAAGAAAACAACAAUUAAACUGGACAGCUCCUGAAGUUUUGCAUCAAAGCCUUUGUGGGUACUCAGAAAAAAUAGACAUAUACUCACUUGGAAUCACUUGCUGCGAAAUGGCAAAUGGAUUCCAACCAUUUAAAGGCACUGAGCUUACAUAUAUGUAUAUAGAAAAAAUUCGUGGUAAUCUUCAUUUUCUAAUGGAUAAAAACAGUAUUAUGGAGGAACAAGGAUCGACCCUUUUUCAUUGCCAUAACAGAAAAAUUUCCCGUGAUUUAUUGGUGAAAAAAACUUUUUCAGACGAUUUCUACCAAUUUGUUGAGCUAUGUUUAACUAAAAGUCCAGUAUCUCGCUGGACUGCAUCAAAAUUAGUGACACACUCAUUUUUAAAGCAAUGCCGUAAUACUAGCAUUUCUGAAAAUUUGAAAGAUAUCAGUUGUGACUUCGCUACAUCUAAAAUUAAUAAAGAUAAAUCUGUGCGCACGAAUGACGUAACAACGAACAGAAGUUGUGAUGACAUUGAAUGGAGUUUUUAAUGUGUUGAAAUAAUCUUUACCUAAAGGCCCCUUAAUGCAAGGAUGUUACUAACACAAAUGCAGUUCUGAAAUGUCAAUAUAUAUUUUUCACACAAAUAGAUGUAAUUACCACAUUCUUCAGUAAAACUAAAAAUAAACUAUAAAUAUCAGAAUUAAUUGUAGAUUAUGUAUGUAAAACAAUAAUGAAAAGUAUCUUUUAUAAACCAAAUCUAAUAUACUCCUGUGUUUAUAAAAUAUCAAUAAAUAAAUAAUAAAGAUCAUAAA